AUCACAUAUUUCCGAAGUUCUCAUUGCUGCUUUCAAUAGACUUUUCUAUUGACGAAAAACAAGUAAUGGUUGUAGUGACCGACAAUGGUGCAAACAUCGUAAAAGAAGUACAUCAUUAUCAAUAUGCAAGCUGCUGCCGCUAGCUCAACGCAAAAUGCUAAAGACAAUUUUGGACGUUGGACAAACACGUUGGAAUUCGACCUACUACAUGCUUGAACGUUUCAUUAAACUAUGUUCAUAUAUAUUAUUAACCAAAUACUCCUCAACUAUUCUGACGAGCUGGUAAUGAUCACGUCUAAGGAAAAAGAUGAUAUGGAAAUACUCAGUAUAUUGAGACCAUUAGAGGCCAUGACUGUACUACUAAGUGGUGAACAACGAGCACGGUUAAGUCAAGUGAUUCCAUUAGUUCACUGUGGUCGGGAACAAAUAGUGAGCAUAGCAGCUAAACCGCCAGGCGCUGAAGAACUGAAAGAUGCCGUGUUAAAUAAGUUGAUCGCUGCAUCGGGCUACAUCGAACAUUCCCUUUUGCUAGCUGCAUCAACAUUACUCGACCCGAGAUUCAAAGAAAUUCAUUUCAAAGAUCCAUUAGCGUUGUCCGCAGAAAUAACAGUUGCAGAUGAUACUGUGGAAUCGGUAGAGAAUGAGUUUGACCUCUGGGCUCCUCACAAAACUCUAGUGCACAAAAGAAGGAGGAAGGAUAACGAUUUUACAUCUCCACAAGAUGAAUUGAGAUUUUAUUUGAAUUGUCAGGUAUUCGAACUAAGUCGAAACACUAUUGAUGAUUGGGAAGAAAUGAAAACCGUUGUCCCAAAACUGUACGGACUUUCAAAAAAGUAUUGUCAUCUACUUGGUACCUCAGUACCAGCUGAGCGGCUUUUCUCAAAAGCGGGUGCAACUGCGACCGAAAAACGCAAUCGUUUGACAACAAAACAUUUAUCGAAAUUGCUUUUUCUUCAAACUCGAUUGAACAGAGAAUAA